CAACUGGAAAGUAGAAACACUGUAAAAGUGGUAAUUUUCGUAGCGUAUUGCUGUCCGUCAUCAAUAACUCGCGUAAUUCGGGCGUGUGCUCCAUUUACGCUUUUAUUGAAAGAAACUAACCGUUUUACAUCGCCGCCGACGCACACGAGCGUUCGCGCCGUCGUUUGCCGCUCAAAGACUGUCAUGAUAUCGUCCUUUACACCACACCCUUGGGUAUCGUGAAUCGUAGUCGUGAACUGUUGCGUGUUUAUUGCCGACGGCAGCGUUUGAGGCUGUUGUACGGGUUGGAUUACGUUAAUCUGUGUACGGUGUAGUGUUAUGUGUAUAAGUUAGCGGUUGCAUAGUUGUGUUGGAGAGCGCGGACACAUUGAUGGGCAGAGUCGUGUGCGGCUGGCAGGCGGCAGACGAGCCGCAGCGGCGGGUGUUUGCUUCCUGGAGGGUCUACGAUAAAAUCAGCCACACUGGAACUGAUGGAAUUAGAGAAUAUCGUCGCGAACACUGUUUAUUUGAAAGCCAGAGAGGGAGGUUCCGAUAGCAAUAAGGGCAAAAGUAAGAAGUGGCGGAAGAUCCUCCAGUUUCCUCACAUAUCACAAUGUUUAGAUAUAAAAACAAAAAUAGAUGUAGGUUACGACUACGUAGUAGACCAGCAGCCGAUAGGCAAGCUGCUGUUCCGGCAGUUCUGCGAGAGGAACCGGCCGCAGUAUCACAAGUACAAUAACUUUCUAGAUGCGUUUUGCUUGCAGACAGACAGGUAUGAGGUGGAGGUGGACGAGACGCGUGCGAUGCUCGCGGCCGAGGUGUUCGGCAGGUACCUGAAGACCGACGACUGCGAGGCUGUCACCGACGUCGUCAGCAGGCAGGUCAUUGAUGAGGCCAGCGCUACGAUUGAUGCCGGCGCUAAAGACAUAUUCAUAGAAUGCGUGCGAUGCGUGAAGAGUUUCCUGGCGGGCGCUCCGUUUGCGGAGUUCGAGCGCUCCAUGUAUUUCCACCGCUACCUGCAGUGGAAGUGGCUGGAGGCGCAGCCGGUCACGCAGCACACCUUCAGGAUGUACCGGGUCCUCGGCAAGGGAGGCUUCGGAGAGGUCUGCGCUUGUCAGGUCCGAGCGACGGGCAAGAUGUACGCGUGCAAGAAGCUGGAGAAGAAACGCAUAAAGAAGCGCAAGGGCGAGGCCAUGGUGCUGAUCGAGAAGCAGAUCCUGCAGCGCAUCAACUCGCGCUUCGUCGUCAACCUCGCGUACGCGUACGAGACCAAGGACGCGCUGUGUUUAGUACUCACUAUUAUGAACGGUGGCGACCUGAAGUUCCACAUCUACAACAUGUGCGGCGCGGACACGGGGCUGGGGCUGGAGCGCGCGCGGUUCUACGCCGCGCAGGUCGCCUGCGGACUCGAGCAUCUGCACAAGAUGGGCAUCGUCUAUAGGGACUGUAAGCCGGAGAACAUAUUGCUGGACGACGCGGGCCACGUGCGCAUCUCGGACCUGGGGCUGGCCGUGGACGUGCCCGAGGGGGGCAGCGUGCGCGGCCGGGUCGGGACCGUCGGGUACAUGGCACCCGAGGUGAUAGACAACGAGCGGUACACGUUCAGCCCGGACUGGUUCUCGUUCGGGUGCCUGGUGUACGAGAUGAUCGAGGGCCGCGCCCCCUUCCGCGCGCGCAAGGAGAAGGUCAAGCGGGAGGAGGUCGAUAGGAGGGUUAAACACGAGCAAGAGAAGUACUCGUCGAAGUUCAGCGAGUGUGCACGAGCCCUGUGCACGGCGCUGCUGUCGAAGUCGUGCGUGUCCCGGCUGGGCUGCGGCGCGGGGCGGCGCGGGGCGGCCACCGUCAAGCAGCACCGCUUCUUCGCGCACCUCAACUGGGCCAGGCUCGAGGCCGGCAUGGUCGACGCGCCAUUCGUGCCCGACCCGCACGCAGUAUACGCGAAGGACGUGCUGGACAUCGAGCAGUUCAGCACGGUGAAGGGCGUGAACCUGGACGCGGCCGACGACACGUUCUACGGCAAGUUCAACACGGGCUCCGUCAGCAUCCCCUGGCAGACCGAGAUGAUCGAGACCGGCUGCUUCGCUGAGCUCAAUGUCUUCUCUAGAGGUGAAGACGGCAAGGAGUGUGCUACAGCGGACCUGCAGCUAGUCCCGGCCACUACGACGCCCGAGGAGGAGAAGGGCUGCUUCCUAUUUGCCAGAAGGGUACUAUGUCCACAAAAGAAAGUAUCAGCCCGGCUGCGCGCGGUGCCGGUCCCGGAGCACCUGUUGCUGCCGUCGUCGCCGGCGCCGGGCGGCUUGGCGUGGCCCGCGGCGGAGGCUGCGCCCCCCGCGGCGGAGCCCCCCGCGUCCGUGAGCUGACCGCCCGCUGCCGCCCGCAGCCCCCCUCACUAACGCCCGACAUAGCGGUGCACUGCCGAACACGUGACUACUUCACAAGUAAGCAAAUAUUACCUAAACGCUAAACCCCGAUUAGAAGAGUCUUACCACAGUUUGACGCCUAACUAAAGCAUGGAUUACGUGAGAGUAACGCGAGCCCGUGCCGACACCAAUGAUGAUACAAAUAUAUAGAGUUAUCAUAGAAACAAAUAAAUAGUUAAUUUAACAAAUUGACUCGUCUCUACACGCAUCGUCCACUUAAUUCAAAGACAUUAUUGUAUGCAAUAUUUUGUUCCUGACGUAAUUAUAAUUUAAAAAUGUCGUGACAAACUUAAUUAAUGUUUAAGUUGUUUAAAUAACGACUGCCUUAUGGCGUAACUGUAUUACGUAAUGUAGCGUCAAUUGUGUAGACAUUAAUUUGACUUGGCGAUACACUACCAUGCACCUUUUAAAGACAAAAGUAAAAUACUAGCCGAAUGUGGUUUAAGCUUAGCUAGUUUCGUAAAGGCAAUGAAUUAUGUGAAAAUAAACUUUAUACUUAAGUGAAGAGAGGUGAAAAUGGAUUAUCAACUUUUUUGUUUAAUCAUCUCUUAAAAUCUUGUACGUUCAAGCCCCAUUAUCAAAUGGUUGUAUAUGAGAACUUAUGUGUAAAUGAAAUUGGAACCUGUAUACGUAGUAAUAUGAUGCAUUCUCCCUUGUACCUGUCGGUUAGUGUUUUAUCUUCGAAUUGUAUCCUAUGUGACGUAUUUCGAAUGCUAUUUUUGUAUCUAUUUUUUGCAUUUAAAUUGUCAUGUACCUUUCUUGGAAAGUUGCACGCAAGUCCAUAUAAGUUAAUUUGGUAAUUCGCAUUAGACGUCUCAAGUAAAACUUGCAAUUCAGAUUCAUUCAUUCAUACCUUCACGCCUGUCUCCCAUGAGGGUAGGCAGUUCAGAUAGAUUUUUUAUAAUAACUUAUAGCAUGCCCAGUUUUGUAAGAUAAGUACUUUACGUGUAUUGGCAAUACAUAUUUAAGUUUUCUUUUAUAAAUGUUUCAUAAUUUGACAGCAGAUAUUGGUGCAAAUAGUACAAUAUUUAUAAUACUGCUGAGUCUCUUAUGACUAGGCAUAAGUGCUUUAGACUUUAGCCCUUUUAAUUUUCUGUUCAAAAACAUUUGUUUCUGAUGAUUUUUAUUUAAUAUUAAAAUAGAUACAAAAACAGCAUUCGUUGAAAUCCUAUAAUAUAAGAAUCAUACGUAAUAACAUCUUAGUGUGACCUGUUAAAAAUAAUCAUGAACAAUUUUAGUUUAAGUUCAUUUUUUACGCUGGCAAUUGUAAGGUUUGUCGAGAUGAUUUUUUUAUCUAUGGUUCGUAGGGGUGUGAGACGGAAUAUUGUCUUUAGGUUUGAUAUUAUUUGAGUGAGAAUUACUUACAAUUGCUGACGUUGUUUUAAAAGGUAUACUUAUAGUAUUUUGGCUUAACUAAGCUCCACACUAGGAUUUUCUCCUGUGUCGUGGGUGCGUUUACAAACAUACAAGUUCACAUACACAUGACACUCAGACCCAAAACAACAAUAUGUGGGUCACACAUGUUGUAUUGUUUAACAUAAGAAUAGAUAUUUGCAGUUUACGUAUAAAGAAUUGAAUAUUACGCAAUGUCUAUUGUUAAUUCAUAUUAUUUGUUGCGGGCAAUACUGGUAUUAAGUCAAAAUAUUGUAAGUAUACCUUUUACAUAUGUCUAUUUGUCAUGGAUGACUGAUAUUAUUCUGUAACCAUUAUGCAUUUAGCUCAAUAGUUAAACCUGGAGUAUUACACGAACAAACAUAUAUUAUUAUUAUUAUAUCAUUAUGUAUUAUCCUUAUAUAAUUAAGUAGAAGUACGCGUCCAUAGGCCCGCAUUAUACGCAUCGCACGCAACGGAUUUUAGUUUGUCUUGUGUAGAAACUCAUACAACUGCGUCUACUGAUCCGCAUCGUACGGACCGCAUCAUCAGCAAUGCGUACUGAUGACGUCAUACGGAAUGCGUACGAUGCGUACGAUGGGAGCCUGUGGACGCUUACCUUAAUGCGUCAUUAUUGAUAUUAUUAAUUCGUUUUAUUUAUAAAUAUGUAUUUCAUAGAGUUGUUUAUUUAUGUCUGUGAACAUUUUAAACUAGUGUUGGGUCACGAUUAUUCAAACUAGUUUUUAUCGAUACUUGAUUUCGAAAAGUUACGUAAAAUCGAUGCCAAUAAAACAUUUUAGAAGGGAUGUCCCUCUUGUUUUGUGAGUAGACAUAUAUUUAAACUUAUACAUUUUUAUAAAACAGUUAUAUACGCCAUGUUUUUAGAUUGUUUUGUAAACGUCAAGUAAUUGAAUAUUUCCUAUUGAUGGCUUUGUAAUAUAAACGUGUGGGUCGAGCCGUGGAUUGUUAGGAGCAAAAUCUUAGUUGAACUCGACAUUCGAACAUUUUUUAACUUUAUAUUAAUACUCUAUAUUAAACUUGAAAGAUAUUAAAAGUUUUUAUAUGAAAUGACGGCGGAAUUUCGCACUUAUGUCCAGUUUAGCUAAGAUUAAAAUCCUUUAAAGCUUAAAUAAGCAUUAAGUAAUGAGAUAUUAUGUCCAUUGUAAGCUAAGACCUAUUUAAAUAUCUUUCAUGUUAACAAUGUAAACGGACAUUCUUUAAUGUGAAGUUUUCAUUGAAUCGUACAGUUAUGGUAACAAGUCAUCCGCCUCACUUAAGUCACUAAAGCUAGAUAAUGUAAUGAAGCAAUAAUAAGGAAACGAAUAGAAGGGAAUCUAUGGAAUCGUAUGUUUAUUAGUUGUUUCUCGUCUGUCGUGGUAGUGUAAUGUAAUAAAUAACGAUACAACGUGAAAGCGGGCACUAGUGAAGUUUCUUUACACAAGAAACAAACACAUUGAACUUCAUAAACCUCUCGUAAAGAUUGUGAAUAAUAAAUCGUCGCACAAACAAUUGGAAAAACUUUUUCGUCUUACUGUACAUUGCCAAUUCACUUCCAAUAUAAACUAGUGUAAGUAUUGAUGCAUUUUGAUGUAUAACUUUUAUUGUUAUUGAAUAUUUCGAUGCCUAUUGUCAUUUUUUGAGGCUGAACGCGUGUGGAAGGGUACGGUUUAUUCAAUUUUCGGCUCUAUCGUUCUAAAAAUAAGGUUGUUAUGAGCCAUUUAGCGUAAGGAGGGCUAAUAGAAAUAUUAGAAGUCUCGCGUAACUGAUAUUCUUAAAAAUAUAAUUGACAAUUUAUUACGGGUUUUGAUAAAUGUUCCAAACUUGGCUUUUGUAAGCCGUUAACAAAAGAAUUAGUCGUUAAGGAGCUAUUUACUAACAUUAGUAGUUAUAAUAAAUGCUUGCGAUACUAAACAUUAGAACAUGGUAUGCGCAUAGUCGGCCGCCUCUGCAUUUGCGGGUUGAAAAAAUUAGGUUAGACGUAGGGGACAAUUUGUUUAAAAUGUGGUUGGUUGGAUGUCGGCCCUUCGGGUAAAACGGGCCUACGGAGUAUGAACAGUGGGGUCUUUUUGAUAAAAUAAUUAGAUAGAAAAUCGAUGUAAGAAUCGGACGGUGAUUUCAAAUUACGUGUGUCGACGGACACAAAUUCCUAUGACAUGCAAUAAUAUCGACUCCAUUUGUGUUGAAAUGAAAAUAUUUUUAUAAAUCUCUCGCCGCCUCUGCCACACGCUUUCAUUAUUCGCCUCCCAUUUUUAAUCGUCAUUCAGGCUUCACCUUGCACCCUGAACAUUCGUCGCCAUCUUGAAUUAACGGAAACACACGAAUGUUUACGGAAACUGCCGAAGUGUAGUGCCAAGAUUAGCCAUGCAAGGGUAAUUGUGUAAGGCAAGUCAUCACGCUACAAUAUUUCUUUAUUUUUUAUUCGCACAAAGUAAUUGGUUCACUCGUUCAUUCAAUUAUUUAUUUUGUGUUGCAACACUGAGUUUGAGGGUUGCUAACUGACUGGCUGUGAGUUUAAAAAUCAUUUAGAAUUUUAUAUGAGGAUGCACAAAUAGUUUAUUUAUUUUAUGCUUUUGUAAUUGAAUUCUUACAUCGGGAAAUUUUUAAACAUUCAGCCAUUUUGUUUUUGAAUGAAUGAAUGAAUGAUUGAACUGAACGAGUGACCCGUUCAAUGCUUCGACGCUCCUAUUCGAUAUAAGCAAUCCAUUCAGAUAUUGACUUUACAACGAAUAUAAUUGUUAUUAUGAAGUAAUCCUACGUUUGUUGUAGCGAAUUACUGAAAUACUUUUAUUAUUACUUAAUUAUUUAAAGCUUUUUUUAUGAAUGAAUUGCUCAGAGUCAUUUAAUGGUUACUUAACUCAGUCCUUAGUGAUUCUUUUCGAUACAAAAUCGUUACUAAGGAAUAGUUUAAGUAAUCAUUAAAUGUCUCUGAGUACGACAGUAAAACUUUGUAAAUCUUUUUUAAACAUGAUUAUGAUGGAAUGUAAAGAAAAGAGCUUGUAUUGUACUAUGACUCAAUUUUGUAUUGUUACUUAUUUAAUUAAAUCAUGUUUUUUCUAUCAAUUAUUUUGUUUGUUAGAAGCUAGAAUAUAUUAAGUUGCACAUAAGCUAGUGUUACCAUCCAUAAUGCAUUUUUUUAUAUAAGUUGUUAAUAUUUUUUUAGUCUUGCAAGUUGUAAAGUCAAUGUUGGAAUAUAAUUAAGUUGAGCACUUACUUCUUGACGAGUUGCCUCAACGAUGCUCAACUCGGGAGCUCAAAUUGUACAGGUUUUUUAGUAUUCCUUACUUUUAGGGCGAAAAUCAUUGACCUGUGUUAUCUGUGAACAUUCGUAGACCUUAUACGUGACAGUUUAACGUACAUUGACGGUUUUUUUACUUUAUUACUCUGAUACAUUGUGAAUUUUUCAUACUAAGACGGUAAUGUACGUUAAAAUGUCACUUCAUUUUGUAUACUUGUAUAUGGUAAUGUAUAAAAGACAUUGAUAUGAUAUGAUUGCCAAUGUAUUCUUAUGAUAAAUAGCCUAUAGUGUCAAUAACUGUGGUGAAUCAAAUAAUUAAUUUGUUCAUACGACGUUCACAGAUGACAGAUUUUUUUGAAUAAGCAUUUAAGCAAAAGUGUGUGUUGUCACCGAAUUUUUGUAAGAAUUUAUAUAUAAUAAUAUUAAUUAUUAUUAUAAAUUAGAAUCAUACCUGUAUCAUACUCAUUUGAUGCAUUUUCGACUAAGUGUAUUGAAGUGCAGUGGCAUGAUGCGCAAAUAAGUUUCAAGUUCGAUUACCCACAAAAAAAACAAUGAACUGUUUUAAAUAAUACUUUUUGGUACAAAAUUCAAUGAUUUUUGUAUUUUCAAAGACUUUUUUUAGUAAAUUUUCUAUUUUUAGUACGUCGUUGUAACGUUGCGUGUCGUGCUACUGCAACGCGUUGCGCGCUCGGUUGCAAUGCAACCGCGUAGCGUUGCUGUAUUUAGCUUGAUAGAGUUAUGGUUAGCUUUCCUUCAUACUGUUAGUCGUUAUUGCAGUAUUUUGAUGCAAAUAUUAUUAUUUAAUAAGCAUAUUCGUAAUAAAUUGACUCCGAUAUAGAA